GCGGAUAAGGCUAAUCCUUGAGGCAAGGAAAAGAAGAGGAGAGAAACAAAUUGCAUUCCAUUCAGCAAAAUGAACACUAUUCCUAAUCAACAUUUUGCACAAGCCAAUUCCAUCCUCUUGUCUCCUCGGGCCAGCUCCAAGACUAGAGCUUCUCAAAGGAGAAAUGAUUUCUCACUGACAACGAAUAGAAGUCAAAAGGCUCCACGGGGAUUGAUCAAGAUAUCAACAGCAGAUGGGAGAUGGCAAAAAAAUUGGAAUCUAGACUACAAUUUGUCACUCCAAGAGCUUCAACUUCAGGGUUUAGCUGAAGAUGGGCAUAAUGAAAAUGAGGUUUCCAUCGGCCUUUGCAUUCACAAGCACACCGGAUUUGGACUCUCAGUGGAUGGAAGGAUCACAACAUCCUUUACCAGGAAAUGUAGCAAUUGUUCCUCAUCAUUUUGCAGAGAGGUACUUAUUCAUUAA